ACAGCCAGGCUGUACACAGGGGCAAGUCCCUUAGAUCACAGCAGCUGCUAUAAUUUCUGGGGUGUCAGUGUGUCAGGGGGGUUGCACGGCAUCGCCUUUUAGCUGCUAUGGGCGGACCUACUUGUUUGUACUGUGUUUAACCACAAGUCUGUAUUUGGAAAAAUGCUGGUGUGAUUAAGUUUUAGAUUUUUACCCAAGCAUCCAUUCUGUGAUUUAAUAUUGUAAAAUGACAAAAAUACUACCCUUGAUUCAUGCAGAUACCUGCUUCUUGUCCUUCUGGGCCUGCCUGAGAAGAUAUUUAUUUUAUUACUGUGUUCACAUCGUCCUUUCCUUGGAGAUUAAAGCAGACGCCCACGUCCGGGGUUAUGUGGGAGAGAAGAUCAAGUUGAAAUGUACCUUCAAGUCGACUUCCUCUGUCACUGACAAACUCACCAUAGACUGGACGUACCGACCCCCCAGCAGCAGUCGCACAGAAUCAAUUUUUCAUUAUCAGUCCUUCCAGUACCCAACCACAGCAGGUACAUUUCGGGAUCGAAUUUCCUGGGUUGGAGAUGUAUACAGAGGGGAUGCGUCUAUAAGCAUAAGCAACCCUACCCUAAAGGACAAUGGGACAUUCAGCUGUGCUGUGAAGAAUCCCCCAGAUGUGCACCAUAAUAUUCCUGUGACAGAGCUAACAGUCACGGAAAGGGGUUUUGGCACCAUGCUCUCCUCCAUGGCCCUCCUCUCCGUCCUUGUCUUCCUCCCCUCAGCUGUGGUGGUGGUUCUGCUGCUGCUGAGGAUGGCGAGGAAGUCCGCAGGGCUGAAGAAGAGGAGCAAGUCUGGCUACAAGAAGUCGUCUAUUGAGGUUUCAGAUGACACAGACCAAGAGGAGGGGGAUGACUGCGUAGCGAGGCUUUGUGUUCGUUGUGCCGAGUGCCUGGACUCAGACUAUGAAGAGACGUAUUGAUGAAAGUCUUCAUGAUACAAGAAGAGUCACGUGCUGGCCGAAGAGGUCCCGUUCCACUGGCAGCUAAAGCCUCAGAGAAGCAGAGCUGGCUUGGAUGGCGGUGAUGGCGGAUUCUGGAAGUCAUCAGGAGAGACUUCAGGAACCAUUUAUUUAUUGAAAAAAUGUUCUUUUUAUAUUUAUAAACUGUUCACGAACUCUCCGAAGAAACUUAGAACUACCCCUUUUAAUAAGUUAUGCUCUAGUUGAAUGAAGGAGUUCUCUUCCUGAAUAGAAAGACACUUUUUGUUUCCCCUGUGCUCUUGAAUGUAUUACAUGUUUUCUUCCAGUUAUUUGAGGGGAAUCCUAAAUGUUGGCCACACCGUGGGUGCCAAAAUAGCUUAAAAAAAAGAAAUGGAGCUCAUAGCUUCCUGAUGUGCUACCAGAUGAAAGGUUUGUCGGGUAUCAGUGUCCCUUGUUAUUUGCUCCAUGAACGUUUUCAGCUGUGAAUCAGCAAAGAGAAUAUACUCCUGGGUUUCAUGACACUUUCAGUUGUGUUUGUGUGACUUGGAACCCUAAUUUCCGUUGAGUUGGCAGGGCCAGGAGUCCAUGUUUUGCUUUGACUGGGUUUUUAAAGUAUUAAAGUAUCAUCAAUUUAUAAUUAAGGAAGGGAAUGGUGACCUAAGGGGUCCCUUUCUUUUGUCUUGCUAGGUGCAGUUUUUUACUUUACUUUCUUGUAGCUGACUGAUUUGGUUUCCCUCUUGAUGUCCCAGAUCAGAGGCAAGAAAAACUCUUUGAAAGGUUUUUAGUGGGGAGUGUAGAGAACCUUUCCUCAGUUAUUUGUGAGGAAAUGCUCUUUUUUAACAAAUCCCAUUCUGGAGUUCAAAUGUUGGAUUGACUUUAAUGAUUGACUUUCUGUUUAAAGGAAA